CAGUUUGUCCCACCGGCGUUUUAUUUAGCCACAGAAGGUCGUUCGCAGCUGGGCGGUAUUUCACAAUACUUGAAACCAAAACUAAACUAAAUAAUUUAAAAGUAUAGCACGUUUGUGGCUUGAAACGUGAGGCUAUGUGAGUAUUGCUAAAAUCAAAUAGAGGAACGCGGCUGUAAGUCGCGUUUGGUCCAUGGAUGUUAUGAAAGCUUGCUAGCAAUUGUUACGCUAGCUAGCGGCUGACAGCUCUAGCUAAAAGCGGCAGGAGAAGCUGUUUAAGUAAGCCAACUAGCCAGCGAAUGCUAUUUAUUCUGGGCAGUCAGUUAGCUGCUAACGCUACGUGUGAAUUUGAAUACCCGUACUGAAGCAGGGUGUGGAACAUUAAAGCCCGGUCUAGUUGGACCAGACCCCGGGCUUAGCUUUCCCAUACCCCAGGCUCUCCCUCCCUUGAACGGAGUGGCUGGUUUGAUGGCAGCCACGGCAGGUGCCCGGCGGUUUCCCAUGGGUGCGCGGACGUUUAGUGACUUUCUCCAGGUUGCCACUGUGGGCAGCCCUCGCUCGUGUCGUGGAGCGUUGCCAAGAGGAUGCCCGCGACAAAACAUCAGACACUUGUCGUCAUGUGGCAUUCUGAUGACAAGAACUCCCAGAGUGCUUUGCCUCCAAGACUGGGACACCAUGACAGCUGUUCCCCAAAGCAGAAACUUCAUCAGCUUCACCAACAAAAGGAAGGAGUACUCCGAGCGGAGGAUACUUGGCUUUUCGAUGCAGGAAAUGUACGAUGUGGUGGCCAAUGUUGACGACUACAAGAACUUUGUGCCCUGGUGUAAGAAGUCGCAGACCAUCAUGAAAAGAGCCGGCCAUUCCAAAGCCCAACUUGAAGUGGGAUUCCCUCCAGUGGUUGAGAAAUACACGUCUAUGAUCUCCAGUGUUCGGCCUCAUCUAGUCAAAGCGGUGUGUACAGACGGAAAGCUGUUCAAUCACCUGGAGACGAUAUGGCGCUUUAGUCCCGGCAUUCCUGGUUACCCACGCACCUGCACGGUAGACUUUUCGAUAUCCUUUGAGUUCCGCUCUUUGCUGCACUCCCAGUUAGCCACCAUGUUCUUCGACGAGGUUGUGAAGCAGAACGUCGCCGCGUUCGAGCGGCGAGCCAGUAAGCUCUACGGCCCAGAGACUCGUAUCCCACGCGAGCUGAUGUUUCACGAGGUGCAUCAGACGUGAUCUCGGCAGCUGUAUGUUCUCAUCCGGCCUUAAACCAUAACAACCUUUUUAAUUCCCUUUAUCCACGCCAACUUGCAUGAUGCCGCUCGGUCGCCCGUAACGUUGAGACUCCACCGCUACGUAGAUAUCGUAGCUCCUGUAGAUGUUAGACCUCCAACUCUUGGACUUCCUGCAUCAACAAAUUCUUGCUUAUCUCCUCCUUGUGUAAAGUCUGUCCACUUUUCUGUCUACCUCCACUUCCGGGAUCCUUGUUUAGCAAACGCAACCCACCAUUGCUCGCGCUCCAUGGCAGUUCCUAGCUGUAUUUAUGGACACCAAACAGUAAAUCCUUGCAACAUCAUGUUACCAAUGGCAGAGAGUUGAUUAUUAUUUUAAACACCACUCUGACACUGACCAAAACUCUUUUAUUUAUUUAUUUUUUUAUAGAAAAAGGCACAGACUUUCUUUCAACAGGGAUCAAGUCUAUAUAAAUAUAUAUAGUUCACUUUAAACUCAAGGUUAUGUGCCGCACUGACACGUUAUCAAGUCAAAGUGGGUCUAGUUUUAAAUGACCGUAAGCACCUUGAUAAGCUGCCUUUACUUUAUUAGGAAAGCAUAUCUUUUUUUCGCCUUUUACUUUUACCAUUUACAUCUAUAUCACAUUGAAGUUUUAAUUUAUUGUUUAUAGUAGGCAACCUGGUGCAAAAUGAUAAUUAAUUUCCUCCUUUUUGAUGUGUGGCUAUUUGCAAAUUGUUACUGUUAUGUUCGGGUUCAAAUUAAAUGUGCCAUGUUUGAGACGCAGAGUGUUUUCGCUAUAUGUUGUGACCGUAGCAUAGAAGUGCAACGUUUUGCAUAAGAUGGAAAAAAGGUUUCUUUUCUUCAUUAGUUAGCUGUGCCCUCAAUCCACUUAGAGGGCAAUGUUGGUUUUUAAUUUGUUGUGCUGUGAGAAUUGUGUUUUUGGACAUUAAGUCUUGGCCUGCCAAUUUUAAUAUUACCUGAUUUUACAGCCCAGCACUAGUAACACUUUAGUGAUUAACAGAGGUGAUCUUAACUUUGCACAAACAAGAGCACCUGACACGCUAGAGAGUACUGUGAAAUACUGGCCACGGGAUUAAC